AUGGCCGCAACAACCGGCGUCGCCUCGGCGUUCUCGCCCAACCUCCUGGACGACACCACAGUCAAGCAGUACAACCAAGAUUACGAGGCUAGCGCUCCGUACAAGCACGCCGUCAUCCCUGCGCUGAUCGACGAGGAGCUGCUCAAGGCUACCCGAAAAGAGAUCAUCGACGAGCUGCGCUUUGCCGAGAAGGAGACCGACAUCUACAAGGUCAACCAGACCGGCGACCUUGCCAACCUGGAUGGCUUGCCGGAGGAGGAAGCGGGUCGCCUGCAGUCGUUGCUGCGCGUCCGCAACGCCAUCUACUCGGCUGAGUUCAGGUCGUGGCUCCAGGGCGUCACCGGCUGCGGUCCGCUCAGUGCCAAGAAGAAGGACAUGAGCAUCAACGACUACCGCCAGGGCUGCCACCUUCUCAACCACGACGACGUCAUCUCGACACGCCGUGUUUCCUACAUCCUCUAUCUCCCAGACCCUGACCAGCCAUGGCAGCCAGAGUGGGGAGGCGCCCUCGAGCUCUACCCGGUCAAGACCAAGGGUACUCCCGACGACGUCCCCAGCAAGAUCGUCCCGCCACGCUGGAACCAGUUCACCUUCUUCACCGUCCAGCCCGGCCACUCGUUCCACUCGGUCGAGGAGGUGGUGCACCCGUCGCAGUCGCGACUCAGCAUCUCUGGAUGGUUCCACCGUCCGCAGGAGGGCGAGGAAGGCUUCACCACCGAAGACGAAAAGAAGGAGGCCGAGGUGGAGAAGGAGAUGAGCAGCCUCGAGAGCCUGUCUGCCAAGGAGAACGCAAAGCGCUUCGAGGAGUACCCAGAGUCGUUUGCGCCACCACUGCCAGGGUCGCCGCUGUCGCAGGCCGAGAAGAAGUUCCUCAUCCAGUUCCUCAACCCGGCGUAUCUCGUUGACAAGACGCAGGAGCAGCUGUUUGAGCAGUUUGGCGACGACUCACAUGUCCUGCUUUCGGACAUCCUUCGCAAAGAGAUCGCGCAGCCGAUCGAGAAGGCGUUGCGCUCGGCGGACGCACGCGAUGGAUUCCAGUGGUGGACCUCGGGCAAGGGCGAGGAGUCGACACGUAUUCAGGCGCACGGCGUUGGCACCGACCGCGCUGCCGAGGCUGAUGCAGAGGCGAAGCGAUGGUCCAUCGCCGGUCCCCCCCACAAGCAGCGCUACGCAGUCCUCGCAGACCAGGCAACUCCUGCCAAGGCGUCCGACAUCGCAUCGCAGCAGGCGCAGGUGCCCAACCCACUCCCCACGGAUGCGAGCGAGCUGCUCCGCCUGCUCAGCACCGUGCUCUUCCCUUCGGACGCCUUCCGCCACUUCCUCGCCAACAUCUCGCAGCUCGUCCCGCUCGGCGCUCGACCUGUGGAGGCACGUCGAUUCCGCCCUGGCCUCGACUACACGCUCGCACGCAGCGAUCCCGAGGCCGUGCUCGAUGUGACGCUCAACCUCACACCGGACGUCGUCAAGCCGUCGCUCGACGAAGAGCGCAAGGCCGGCCCGCGCGGUCUGGCGGGCAAAGCCAAGAAGCCCAAGACCGCGCCCGCCUCGGCAGCGGCAAAUGGCCUGCUGUCCAAAAAGGAGGCCAAGGAUCUCCAGGCGAGGUGGGAGAGCGGCGACAUUGGCGGCUGGGAGUGCUACAUGGCACCGCACGAGGGCGAGGAGGACCCCGCAGUGUACCAGAGCGGCAACAGCGGCAAGAAGAAGGAAGCCGACAAUGACGAGGAGAUGAAGGAUGCGGGCGAGGACGAGGAGGAGGAGAUCGUCGAGAUGAUCGAGGACGACGGCGAGGAAGACGAAGACUUUGACGGCGUGCUGCUCAACCUCACACCAAGCUUCAACACUCUCAGUGUGGUGUUGCGCGACGAGGGCGUGAUGCGCUUCGUCAAGUACCUCGCUGCGUCCGCGGGCGGAUCGCGUUGGGACGUUAUUGGCGAGUUUGAGAUCGGCGCCAUCGAGGAGGAGGAGGAGGAAGAGGACGCAGAGGCUUAA